UUAUUCCAUAUUCAUGACAUUUCGCGGGCUUUUUGGUCACGUGUCUGAUUUCGCGCGAAAACUUUGUCUCGCCGGAGGAAAAAAGAAACAGUAGUCUGAAGUGAAGAGGCUUGAGCACUACGCGGUAUAAUGGCGGAUUCCUCAGAGUCUUUCAACAUGGCCACGAGCCCGAGUCGCGGCUCAAGGCGUGGUGAUCUGACCUCCAGCCCAGGCAGAGACCUGCCUCCCUUCGAAGACGAGUCUGAGGGACUGCUGGGGGACAAUGGACCUGAAGAUGAGGAGGAAGAUGGAGAGGAGCUGUUCGGGAACCAGAUGGAGGGGGACUACCGUGCUAUUCCUGAACUAGAUCGCUAUGAGGCCGAAGGUCUGGAUGAGGAGGAUGUGAGUGAACUGUCUCCUGGAGCUCGUGCUCGUGCCGAGGCAGCCAUGAAUGACAGGGACAAAAGAAUGGGCAUGGGCCGCAUGCCGAGGGGACUGCUCUAUGACAGUGAAGAUGAGGAUGAUGAGCGGCCAUCAAAGAGACGACGGCGCCUGGCAGAGCGUGCUGCAGAAGGAGCUGGUGCUGAAGGCGAGGAUGAGGAGAUGAUUGAGAGUAUUGAGAACCUGGAGGAUAUGAAGGGUCACUCGGUGCGGGAGUGGGUAUCCAUGGCUGCCCCACGCCUGGAGAUCUAUCACCGCUUCAAGAACUUUCUGCGCACACAUGUGGAUGAGCACGGCCACAAUGUAUUCAAGGAGAGGAUUAGCGACAUGUGUAAAGAAAACAAAGAGAGCUUGUUGGUGAACUACGAGGAGCUGGCGUCCAGAGAGCAUGUACUGGCUUACUUUCUCCCUGAGGCACCUGCUGAGAUGCUGAAGAUCUUUGAUGAAGCUGCAAAAGAGGUGGUGCUCGCCAUGUACCCCAAAUAUGAUCGCAUAGCCCAUGAGAUCCAUGUGCGUAUUGGCAACCUGCCUCUAGUGGAGGAGCUGCGCUCGCUCAGGCAGCUGCAUCUGAACCAGCUGAUCCGUACCAGUGGUGUGGUAACCAGCUGUACAGGAGUGCUGCCCCAGCUCGGCAUGGUCAAAUACAACUGUAACAAGUGUAACUUCAUCCUGGGCCCCUUUUUCCAAUCACAGAACCAGGAAGUGAAGCCGGGCUCAUGUCCAGAAUGUCAGUCUCUUGGUCCGUUUGAAAUCAACAUGGAGCAGACAGUGUAUCAGAACUACCAGCGCAUCACCAUCCAGGAGAGUCCUGGAAAAGUAGCGGCUGGCCGUCUGCCCCGGUCCAAGGACGCCAUCCUUCUGGCUGACCUGGUAGACAGCUGCAAGCCUGGAGAUGAAAUUGAGCUGACAGGCAUCUACCACAACAACUACGAUGGCUCUCUGAACAUGGCCAACGGCUUUCCUGUUUUUGCCACUGUGAUCCUGGCCAAUCACAUCAUGCGGAAAGAUGAGCGAGUGGCCGUGGCAGAGCUCACUGAUGAGGACGUGAAGGCCAUUGUGGCUCUGUCCAAGGACGAGCGCAUCGGGGAGAGGAUAUUUGCCAGCAUUGGACCCUCUAUCUACGGCCACGAAGAUAUCAAGAGAGGUCUGGCUCUUGCGCUGUUUGGUGGCGAGUCGAAGAAUCCAGGAGGAAAGCAUAAAGUACGUGGUGACAUCAACGUGCUGAUGUGUGGGGAUCCAGGCACAGCCAAGUCCCAAUUCCUGAAGUAUGUGGAGAAGGUGGCGAGCCGGGCGGUGUUCACAACGGGACAGGGUGCCUCAGCGGUGGGUCUCACAGCCUACGUCCAGAGACACCCGGUUACCCGUGAGUGGACGUUAGAGGCGGGGGCUUUGGUCUUAGCAGACCGAGGAGUCUGUCUUAUUGAUGAGUUUGAUAAGAUGAACGAUCAGGACAGGACUAGUAUCCAUGAAGCGAUGGAGCAGCAGAGUAUCUCCAUCUCCAAAGCUGGCAUUGUCACAUCCCUGCAGGCCCGCUGCACUGUAAUCGCUGCUGCUAACCCAAUCGGUGGCCGAUAUGACCCGUCCCUCACAUUUUCGGAGAAUGUGGACCUGACAGAGCCCAUCGUGUCUCGUUUCGACAUCUUGUGUGUUGUAAGAGACACUGUCGAUCCUGUGCAGGAUGAGAUGCUUGCACGCUUCGUGGUGGGCAGCCACAUAAAGCAUCACCCCAGCAAUAAGGAAGGGGGCAUGGCCAGCCUGGAGGAAAUAGUGCUCCCCAACUCAUCAGAUGUGCCGCCCAUUCCUCAAGAGCUGCUCAGGAAGUAUAUCAUCUAUGCCAAGGAGCGUGUACACCCCAAACUGAACCAGAUGGACCAGGACAAGGUGGCACGCAUCUACAGCGACCUCCGCAAGGAAUCCAUGGCUACGGGCAGCAUCCCGAUUACGGUGCGUCACAUUGAAUCGAUGAUCCGAAUGGCAGAGGCUCAUGCACGCAUGCACCUCCGUGACUACGUACAGGAAGACGAUGUCAACAUGGCUAUACGCGUCAUGCUUGAGAGCUUUAUCGACACACAGAAGUUCAGUGUGAUGAGGAGCAUGAGAAAGACGUUUGCACGCUACCUGGCUUUCAGGCGAGACAACAAUGAGCUGCUGCUGUUUAUCCUGAAGCAACUGGUGGCCGAGCAGGUGUCCUACCAGCGCAACCGCUACGGAGUGCAGCAGGACGUCAUCGAGAUCCCAGAGAAAGACCUGGUGGACAAGGCUCGACAGAUCAACAUCCACAGCUUGUCUGCGUUUUAUGACAGUGACUUGUUCCUCUCCAACAAGUUCUCCCAUGAUGCAAAGAAGAAGCUGAUCAUGCAGCAGUUCUGAGCCAUGUGCCGCAUAUGGAUUGUGUUUCAGAAUCUUGUGGACGUGUAAAUAUUUUUCUGUAUCGCCACUUGGCGUGGAAAUGGAUGAGUUCUGAUAUGGACAGAGUCAUUUGAUCAUUCAGAGAAACGCCACACUUUGAUCGUGGUCAUGUUUGCUUGUUCUUGUUGUAAGACAGGUGGUAUCAAUAUUUUUUUCUAUUGUCAAAUGCAGAAAUGUUCUGGAUGUGUAGAAUUGGACAUUGUGAAAAGAUGUGUACCAUGUUCUAAAAAAUUGUCAAAUAAAAAUAGAUGUUUACUGACCCUCAAAUUA